ACUACAUUUCCCAUGAUGCCCCGCUGCCCGCUCCCCUUCCCAUGGUGCCCCGCGGGCGGCGCAGUGUUCCCGCUGCCGGCCCGCCCCGCCAUGCUGCGGGCGCUGUGGCGGAGCCGGCCCGGGCUGCGGCUGGGGCCCGCUCCGGGGCCCGCUCCCGGCCCCGCUCCCGGCCCCGGUCCCGGUCCCUGCUGGGGGCCGCGGCUCGUCCCGUCGCGGGGCCGCAAGACGCGGCACGACCCCCCCGCCAAGUCCAAGGCGUCGCGGCUGAAGGUGCCGCCGCCCGUCGACCCCGAGGAGCUGGUGGUGGUGACCGAGCGGUACCGGCAGCACCGCCUGGUGCUCGGAGCGCUGCGGGCCGAGUUCAGGGCCGAGGUGCUGCGGCGCCGGCGGGAGGCUCUGCUCUCGCAGGAGGACUCGGCCGAGCUGCUGCAGGAGCAUCGGCGCCUCAUGGCCUGGAACGAGGAGGAGAACGCGCGGCAGCGGGCGCGCAGGGAGGAAAGACUUAGGAAAGAAGAGGAAGAGCAGAAGAGGCAGAAGCUGAAGGCUGCCGAGACCCAAGCCAGGAAAAUGGAAGCUUUCCUGAAGGAGAAGGAGAAGGAAGUUCUCCAGCUCCAGGAGGAAGCCAAAACCUUCAUCACGGUGGAGAACCUGGAUGCCCGGAUCGAGGAAUGCCUGGAUAACCCCCGCAACUACAACUUCGCCGUUGACAAGGAAGGGCGCAUUGUCAAGCGGACAAUGUUGUCCUGACGGCCCCAAAGCCUCCACUUACGAGCCGGUUUCUUUCCUUCUGAUGUAUAAAUCCACUUGGAAUUGGUGGAGAAUUCC